AUGAAAACAUUUGAUCAUCAAAAAUUUGUUGAGGAUCUGAGCCAACAACCCUGGGAAAAUGUAUACUUUCUCGCUGAAGAUCCUAACGCUAUGUGGGAAAUUUGGAAGAAAUUAUUCGUAGAGGUCUUGGAUAACCAUGCACCACAUCAACAUAAAAAGAUUAGAACAAAAAAAGUUCCUUGGAUUACAAGUGCUAUAAAGCAACUUAUAAUCGCAAGGGACAGAUUAAAAAGAAAGGCCAUUAUUACAAACCUAGAGAUAGACUGGUUAAAUUACAAAACAACGAGAAACAAAGUUAAUAUUCAGCUAAGAAAUGCUAAAAAAAAUUAUUACUCCACUAAAAUUUCUGAUAAAAAAUGCAACCCUAAAGAGGCUUGGAAAACUAUAAACGAUAUACUAG